GCCCCGGCAGGAUGAAGGAGCUGGCAGCUGUCCUGCUCGCCCUGCUGUUGUGCGGACUGCAAGAGGUUUACAGGCGUCCCUGCGCAACCAGGGAGAGGGCGCAUGCAGGAAGACAAGGAUGACGACGGGGACUUUGGGACGGCAGGCUACGACGAGGAGGAUGAGGAGGAAGAGGAGGAAGAGGAGGCCAUCAUGAUUGCAGGCAGCAGGGGCAGAGUGCUGCUGCAGUGCUACACCUGCCAGUCCCUGCACAGGAAUGAGAGCUGCGAGCAGAUGCAGAACUGCAUCCCCUACCAGACCUGCAAAACCAUCAUCUACCACUGGAAUACCGAGUCGGAUCCUCAGACCACCUACUCGGGGUGGUGUGCAGACACAUGUCAACCCAUCACCAAGAUGGUGGUUGGAACCCUGACGACCAUAACCUGCUGCCAGUCCAGGCUGUGCAACGUACCACCCUGGCAGGGCCCCCCGGGUACCUGGGCAGGCAGCUCCCAGAGUAGCCCCAAAACUGUGGCCACCACCUUCCUGCUCAGCCUCCUUGCUGGCUUUCUGGCAACAGGGUUCUGAGUGGGUGGUCCCAUCUCCACCCCUAGCCAGGCUUGUACCCUGGCUGGCCAGCACCCUGCCUGGUGUUGUCCCCUCCUGCCCCUCUCCCCACCCCAGCUUUGGAGAAUAAACUUGGAGUGUCUGAAA